CUCGCGUGUAGCCGCACCCGGCUUGGCGCUCUGAAGUUUUAUCGAAAUAAUUCGUGGAACCAGCUACGAGGGCAGUCGAUCGGUGAUGCAAACAAUUUUACAAGAAUUCUCGAAAGUGAAAAAACUAGCGAGGUGAAGUGCGUCACAGUUUCACGGAGUUCGAUCUUUUUGGGCGUUCUGUACAAGGAGAGCUGGCGCGGCGCGCACGAGAGGCCGCCUCUAGAAAAAGAGCGCGUCUCGCGCGUUGCACCGCUAUUGAAAUAUGCGACGCUUAAGAAAGUGUUGGAAGAACGUUGGAAACUAUAAAGAACACGUUCGUCGACCGAGCGACAACGAUUUGUAAACGCGCGUCGUAAUCUUUAAAGGUGCGAAUCCGCGAGAAUAAUUCGGCCGGUCGAACCGGGAGUGAGAGAAGAAGCUGGCGCGCGCCGAGGCGACCUCGGGAAAAGACCGCGUCUCGCAGGUUUGCCGUGUGCUGCGGUGGCUAUCGCGCGAUACAAUUGUCUAGGCUUAUCGACGUUCUUGGAAUUGGUUGUACGCGUCACCGCGCACGAUAAACGAUAUAUCCGCGAAAGUUUUCGUGAAGGGUCCGUGCACGGUGUCAACGCGUACGGACGUAUACGGGAAACGCAACCGGCGACGAUGUAUAUCCCGCGUGGUACGUAUACGAAAGUAUACGUGUACAUGUACGUGUACGUGUGAUACGUAUGUGUGGCGUGCACAUUCGCGAGGACUGUGGACUCGUGGAAUCGUCGUUUGGUGGUCGCGUGUAUCGGAGUAGCCUGUCGCGAAGCGCGCUCGACAGAGAGAUCCAACACCGCGGAAAAGUUGUCGGACAGUGCGAGAAAGGUGUUCCUCGUUAAACGAUUAACGCGUGGCGUAAACGUUCGACGGUCACUCGGCGCGUACGUGGAUAUCUGAAGAAGACAUUCACGAAUUAGGUUCUUUUUAACGGUGAAACACAACGGACAAAGAACAAGCGGUUCCAACCGAUACGAAGACGAUUCUCUUUGUUCGGCUCCGCGAUUAUUUCGAUAUAACGACGAUUUGUUCGAAUUUUAAAUCGUGCCUUACGAUUACCGGAAGGAAGUUACGUACGUGGACACGGAAAGUAUUCUGACGUUGAAAGUGCGUGUAAAGGGUGUGAAAUGCGUCGCGCUGCAGUUCGAUGUUCGAUCCAGCAGCGGCGGACGACCUGACUUUGUCAGAUUGCCUCUCGUCGGUACACCUUUCGGCUUCAGUCCAACGAUGGAUCGGCGCAGCUGCGGUACGCGAUUCGAAAUCCUCUCCCCCGGUACCGGACCAACGAUACAAAGUUGAUCAUUCGUGAGCUCGUUCCGUGAGCCGCGUUUAAUCGCUCCGCGGUCGGUGAUCAAUGCUGAAACGUUGAGCGGACAUUUCGCGCGUUCCAAAUGCGCCAUAGAUUUUGCACGUUAUUGGUUUGGUCGAUCCGUGUAAUCGAUAAUAUCGUAUCGCGUUUGCCAGUUCUCUGAUUAUGUUUCUUUUUUAUCCGUAGAAGUAUUUUAUUAUACGAUUCGAAAAUAAAACAAUCGUAUUGAAAUGUAUUACGCUUUUAUCGUGAUAUAGCGCUCGAAUUUAUUUUAUACACGAAAUUGAUUUUGCGCUUCUUACGAACACCGGUGGGAACAAUUUCUCAUACAAGAUCGAUUUACUUUCUAUUUAUGCAUCAUUAUAAAUGUAAUUAAGGAAUAAUGGAUUGAUAUACAGUCGCCGAUCACGUUUAUGUCGCAAAUUGAGAAAAAGAAUGAAAAACGAAAAUCUAAUAAAUUGAUAGCGGAUAUACACGCAGCAUACAUAAAAAUUUGUCAAUCGUUAUGACAUCACGCGCGAAUGGUCCAAGCACUUUAAAAACGUGCACAAAGUAUCGCUGUGAAAAUCAUUUUUAUGAAUUCUACGCUCCCCUCGAGUAUCGCAUGAAGGUGAAUCGUAAAAUAUCGCAUUGUUGCGAAAAACGUUUUAUCGACGCAUAAUAAUGCAGCAACAUCGGGUGGAAACACAAAUACUCCACGAGGAGCAAAUCCUGGAGGCAAUAGAUCAGUUACGUCGACGUAAAGCACGGCCCGAUGCUGAUCGUAUAUGUAACUAUUUGUUGCGAAAAUUUUCUGUGGAUGCGAGAGACACCAUCGCUGAUCUUCAUCGAUUAAUCGAAGCAGAAAAGGUCAUCCAAGUUGAUUACAAAGGUAAUACCAGUUAUAGGAACGCAUCAAAAUGGUCACGGUUACAGCUUUACAAAAAUCGACCAGAGGGUUUCGUGAAAGAGAAAUUGAACUCCGGGAUGGUGGCGGGUGCCGUGGCCGAGCUCGUUGUCGAGGAGCCAGAUUACCUUGAUCAAGGUGUACCAGCUUACAGAUUGAUCGAACAGUUGCUUGAUGGUGUGUCGAAUCCCACUUCGAGACGUAUGGUAGAAGAUUUUCUCGGCAAAGAAGUGGCCAGCGGUAAUCUGACGCGUCUCUCUAACGGCAAUUACUCGCUGGUGGCGACGUCUGACAUGACAACUACCGUCGAAUCCACGCAUCGGGAAUCUUUUACGCUUGAGAAUGGGAAUGCGCGACGCAAGGAAAUACAAACUGUUUCGUCGACCACCGGUGGACUGUAUGAUUUUGAUGAAACCGAGAACUUGACGAUUACGGACUCUAGGUCGAACACACCGAGAUCUUCACGUCAGGCAAGCCCCAAAUCUGAUCCGCAAAUCAGGAAGGAAGAAUGUUACGAGAUAAUAGUUGGAAGAAACGAAAACGCCGAUUUACUGGUGGAACACGAUUCUAUGAGAGACCAAGACUCGAUAGAUCCAUCGCAAACUUCUAUCGAAAGUACAAAAGAGGAAUCCAAAAAUACCGAUAAUCAGACACAUAACCUCAAAAGGUCGUCGAAAGCUGAGCGUAAACAGCGCCUACUUGUUCGAACCGACGAUCCUAUGGACAUAGAGAUCAAAUUUGAGGAUUAUCGAAAAGACAAUAAAGAGGAAAUACAUUCGCAGAAGGAAAAGAGAGAAGAAUCCGGACAUCUUAGCGAAGAACGAGAAGACGAAGAUGCGGGAAGAAGUUCUACUAAUCCAUCGCCCACACCGUCUAAUACUAAUGUUGGUGGUUUUCGUAGUGCUCGUAGAAAGAGAGCUAAGAAAGUAUUUGAUCCCUCUGACAAUAAUCUUGUAAAAAGAAAACGUGGAAGACAACCAGGAUCUCAAAAUAAAUCUACUGUAUCGCAAGAGCCUCAAGAUUCUUCAAAAUCAGCUGUCAAAGAUGGACCUUGUAGACAGUGUAGUCUUUGUGCCAAAGAAAAACAAGAAACUCUAGUUGCUUGUCGUGAUUGUACAGUACGAGCACAUCCAAGUUGUAUUUAUAGCCCAGAAGAAAUGAUUCAAAAAGCAGGCAGCAGUUGGCAAUGUGAACGUUGCAAAAGCUGUACGAUAUGUUGUGAAACUUCAGAUGCUGUAAGUGAAGGUCCUCUAGCAACAUGUUUCACUUGUGAUGAAGCCUAUCAUUAUUAUUGCCACACACCACGAAUAAUGAUUCCUAAAUCGAAUUCAAAAUGGCAAUGUAAUGAUUGUAUUCAAAAACAUUAUAAAACAAGUAUAAACCAAAAUAUUGGUCUGAUUAAUAACAGACCUGAUACACCAUCAAAUCCACCCGUGUUACCUCCAGUUUUAAGUCCCCAAGUGUCACCUGCCAGAGGAUCUUCUGACCAAAUGGACGACGAUAGUCCAAGAGACGGAAUUGAUCCAAAUAUACCUGAUGCUUCAGAUUGGACAUCUGAACAAGUAUAUCAAUAUUUUGCAAGACUUUUUCCAAAAGAAGCAGAAGUGUUCAGACAACAGGAUAUUGAUGGUCAUUCUUUACUGUUAAUGAAACGGUCCGAUGUUCUGAGUGGACUCGAUUUACUGUUAGGUCCAGCAUUAAAAAUAUAUAGGCAUGUAUUAAAACUUCAAGUUAGGAGAGACGAUCCAAAACUUUAUUGGCUGUAAAUGUUUUAAAUAUUUAGAAUUAAGAUAAUAUUUAAACGAAAUUAAGUGAUAACUAUUGUACAGAUCAAUUCUUUUUACAAUUAAGAGUUUGAAUUAUUUUUUGGAUUCAAGAUACUUUUUCAUAUUGUACAUAUUGCAGUUAUCUUGAAUUAAAAAGAUAAUUCUUUAUUAUAAGGAAACUUAAAAACAAUGGCGAAUAAGGUAACAAAAUAAUUAAAAAUUGAGAAGCCUUGUUUUCUAUGCGAACACUUUUGGACGUGAAAUUUUAAUCGGUACCGCGGAAUGUACUUUUGGUUUGAUGACUAUAAUUAACGUUUAUGGAAGGUGCUAAUCUUUAUCUUUGUUACGCGAUAACGUUAAAUUACUGUCUCGUAUUGAAAACUAUAAAAAUUGUUCUGUUUUGUUUAAAUAAAAUGAUUCGAAUAUGGAGUAAACUAACAAGUACUAUCUA